CCUAACUUCUUUCAUUUAUGAGCUCGACUUAUCCAACAACUCAGAUUCCUUUCCAUAUAAUCAUACCCUACUGCUAAUGAAACUCAGUAUUUAACAACUGCUAAGAUUGGGUACGGAUGACACUGAUUCUAUAAAAAUUAGCAUUGCUACUCAAAGAAGUUGAGUAAUACCUACGCCAAAUCUAGACCAGCCAUGUCUUCCAAUCCCAGUCCAGAACCUGCGGCAGAGCCUCCGGCAGCACCUACCGCAGAGUCAUUUACCACUCGGCUCGAGCGGAUCGAAGCUGCGGGACUGUAUGGGUUUACCGACUUCACUACUGCCGGCUUUCACGAAACUGCGCCGUAUUUCAUAUCUCUUUAUACGAAUCUUAUAGAAUUACUCGGCGAAAUUUCCAGACAAAUGUUUAAGGAUGGUGCUGAUGCUGAGCGUGAGCUUUUCGAUAGAGCAGUUCAACUUCUUGACGUUUGUUACGACUUCGUACGAGACGGUGCCGAAGAUCUGGGCAAGUUUAAGAAUUUCCACUAUAAGCUAUGGACUCGCCUCGAAAACUUCUCUUCACAGCCUUUCACCUCUUACAAGCGGAAUAUUGCGAGUCAUAUCACGAAAAUGACAUACUUGGCUCGUGAUAUCGCACCCCCAGCAUCGCAAUCGUGGGUCGGUGACACUCUACCCGAGCAUAAAAGAUUUAUGAGGGCAUAUAACGAAUUCAUCGGUCUUGAACAAAGGCACCUUCGGGAUGAUGCAGAUCGUCGUGAACUUAUUUUCUUUUCCCAGGAAAUCCUUGAUCAGGCACUGCUCGGCCUUCGAAUGCCUUUAGUUGCUAUAGAGAUACACCGAGAAUUGUUUCGCGAGGGCGGGCGCCCCACGUAUAUUGAUUUCCCAAGCGACACGGACGAAUGGCUGUACGGGUUAGGGAAACGGCCAGGAGUACUGGAUCUAAAGCUGAAGCUUGGCGGCAAGCUUGCCCCCGAGGAAGCAGAGAAAAAGAAGCAAGCCGAACAGGAGCCCAAAAAAAGAUCACUGUCGCCGUCUGAAUCAAGCCAGCCAGGUCCAAAAAAGUCACGUCUCCUUGAGAACUACACUAUAACUAUGGAUAAUGUCGACGCAGAUAUUGAAGACGUCUAUAGCGACGCGGCUUUUAUGGAUAUAUUUGAUAGACCUGAGUACCAGAGACUUCUCAACCCCACUGUCGAGAACCGGGAGGACACUUUAAACAGUUACGCACCCGAGUUUUCCAAGAGAUUGAGGUUAUGCCGGAGAAACUAUUACAGACCGGAGGCUCCCCCGAACACGCAAGAGCGACGAGAGCAAAUUCUCCGGCAAAUGGAGAACGACAUACCCCGACUUCGAGCUGAAAUACACGAGAAGAGCGAAAUCAUCACUAGCCCUGCAAAGCUAAAGGAAGCAAGGGUAGCUGCUUAUACCCUCAAAUUCGUCCGGGCGCUUUACAUGAAAUUAGUACUAUUAGCAACACCAGAACCGUCGUCUGAUGUGAUGAACCAGGCACUAAGGGAUCGUCUUGACGACUGGAUAUUAUACGAGCAGUCCUGGAACGCGGCCGACGAACGGGCCAUCAAGAACCCUCGCACGGCGAACAGCAGGAGAAGCUGGCUGAUGAGGUUCGUCGACGCCAGAAACGAGAACAUCGACAAGUGGUGGGUUCUCCGAGACCAGCUGGACGGGCAAAUCAAGAGCAAGGCCAGACGCGACGCCGAGGGCGACAAGGGCGAAGCACAGGAAGAGCCAGAUGCCUCCGAAGCGGCCAAACAAGCGCCAGAGGCCAAGAAAACUACCACUAAACGUACUCCGGUUUACUGGGUCGAGCCCCGGAAACCGGGCAGGACAGUUUUCUUCGACGAGAGAGCCGAGCAGCGGCGUGAAGACCGCGCAAGAGCGAGCGCGAAGGAGAGACUUAUCGGACCUCCCGAGCCAGGGCAGUACUACAGCAACGAAGAGCAGUAUCGUCUAGAAGAUGAGCUCAGUGCCAAACUGGCCAUCAGCUUCCCCUCUCAGGGGGGUCCACCCAAGUUCGAGGAGAUACCUAAGGAUACUGUUUACGACAAGAUUAUAUACAUGCUCGUCAUGACUCAUUGGCGGUUCUACCAGGGGCUGUCUGUUAUAUGAUGUCUGGCGUCGGGGUGGUUUAGCGUAGAAUUAAUUAUGUCUCUUAUCUUAGGUAUAUUAGGUAUUAAUUGUGUUCACCUGUGUUACUUACUGCUACCUGCUUUUGGAAUGAUACAGAGAGUCACUAGAUACCUACCUGCUAGAGCUGCAUCGUAUCCCUUGUUACCAAUAAGAUUGUAUAUCGCUGCUGUGUGAUGCUAAAUAUUAUUCCCCCAGUGAUGACAAGCAAG